AUGGCAGUUAUUAAGCGAAAGCUAUCAGCUUCCAUGGCCUCAGGGCCACCUGAAUAUGAAGCGCUUCCACCAUAUCAGAAGAUUUAUGAUACUGGAAACGAAGAAUCGAAAAUAGAGACCGUUACUCCUAAGUUGGGGGAAGGUAGCAAUCCUCCUACAUCUAGUAAGCCACUUGCAGUGAAAGAAGAUGUGGCUGAUCUUGUUUCUGCAGCUGAAGCACUCACUCAACUCACACAAGUACCAACUAACUCUGGGACUAAUAUUAACAGAGUUUCGACACCUACUGGGAUGAUAACACAGAAUCCUUCGAAUAUCACGUCACCACUUUCUAACAUGUCAUUACAACCGGAUACCAUCAAUAAUCAACAUCCAUUGGUUGCACGGGUAAAUAAAGUAUCAAGACAUCCACUUGUUACCAACGCAGUAAAAUACUACGAUUACUCGAAACGUAACUAUGCCCCCUUCAAUUACGCUGCCGAAAUUGUGGAGAAAGCAGCUAUUCCUGUAGUGAAUAAAAUUGAAGUGAAUUUGAAUACAAGAUACCAAGCUAGUCAAGCUCGUAAGAAGAGUUCAAAUGGAGUAAAGAAGAGACGGAUAGAUUCCCAAGAUAAUGUUUCUAUAGAAACUAAGAAAAGAUUGCAAUUUUGUUUACAUAUCUUGAGAUUAGCUAACGAUCAUAUCAAUAAUCUGGUGAAUACAUUACAACAAAGAGUUGCUAGUAAGGAAUUACAAGCCAAGGAGAAACGUGCAGCAGCUGAAUCAAUUAUUUCUGAGUCCACACAAGAAGAAGCACAAAGAACAAAGACUGAAAUUGUAACUACGGUGAAGAAAAUCAUUAAAUUGAUUUCAAAUUUCAAACCCUCUUCAUUGAGUACAAAUGAUGCGCCAACCACAAACAAUAGAAGCGAAUCACCGGAUCUGGCAGCUGAUAUCCAGUUAAAAUCUACUAUAAGAGAUAUUAUUCUUACUCUUCCAGCCACCGUACAGCAAGCUGCAAAUGGGUCACAACAAGCCAAUGACAGGGUAUUGGUAUUUGCUAAGGAAUCCUUAGAUAUGAUCUCUCGGUUGACUACAGUAUUCAAUGAACAACUUGAAAAGGCUGAAGCAUGGGUCGCUGGUGACGAGAAUUCAAUACAACAACAAGAGAAUGAUCAGGGAAGAGAGAAGGCAGAGAGUGAAGACAAAGAAGAAACGGGCGAGAGCACUCCCUCAUCAAUAUCAGAGAAACUGGAAUUAGCUUCAAGUACAAACAUUAACUGA